CUCUCCCCUCGGGCUCCCUCCCAUCCUGCCCUUCGCAGGCCAAGCCGUCAUAUAUUUAAAGAGGUCCAGAGCCCCCGUCACAGUUGAGCCACGGAGAUCUCACAGGCAGAUUUGACCUCGCUCAGAGUCUUCAAGAUGCCGAACUGGGGUGGAGGAGCUAAAUGUGGAGCCUGUGAUAAAACAGUGUAUCACGCGGAAGAAAUCCAGUGCAAUGGAAGGAGUUUCCACAAGACCUGCUUUCUCUGCAUGGCCUGCAGGAAGGGUCUCGACAGCACCACGGUGGCAGCACAUGAGUCAGAGAUCUACUGUAAAGUGUGCUAUGGGCGCAAGUAUGGCCCCAAAGGCAUCGGGUUUGGACAAGGCGCUGGCUGCCUCAGCACGGACACAGGCGAGCACCUGGGCCUCCAGUUCCAAGAGUCCCCAAAGGUGGCCCGCGCAGCCACCACCAGCAACCCUUCCAAGUUCACAGCGAAGUUCGGAGAGGCAGAGAAGUGCCCUAGAUGUGGAAAGUCAGUCUAUGCUGCCGAGAAGGUGAUGGGCGGUGGCAAGCCUUGGCACAAGACCUGCUUUCGUUGCGCCAUCUGUGGGAAGAGUCUAGAGUCCACAAACGUCACUGACAAAGAUGGGGAGCUUUACUGCAAAGUCUGCUAUGCCAAAAAUUUUGGUCCUACGGGUAUUGGGUUUGGAGGCCUCACACAACAAGGAGAAAAGAAAGAGUGAAAAGCCCAUCAUUUCUCACCUCCCUCAACAACCUCAGACAUUUGCCAAGCCACCCUCCCCAGUUUGAAGCCUUCCCCCAAACAUGGUUUUGAGUCUGUCUGGACAGUAUUUCUCCUCGGAAGUGACUACUGUCUUGCCCCAAAUUAGAAGAGACCUUCGGAAGAAAAUGACUACAACUCUAACCUGUAAUAAGUGCUUGAUUAUUUACAAUACCUGGGAUGGGAGAGGCAGUAAAUAAAGGUAUGUGGUUGUACUUUGUA